AUGCCGCCAAUAGUAAUAGACGGCAAGACAGCCAACCCAAACCAACUAAUUGCCGAUCUAAAGGCCAUAGUACAAGGAGAAUUCAGUGUCAAGCACACAAACAGAACAACAGUUCUCUUUGUAGAUGGCAAGGAGGAUUACGAAAAGGUACUCAACAACGUCAAGAGUGAGAAAAUGGCUUACCACACUUACACUGCCAGUAGCGACAAAUCACACGCAUUUGUGCUUAGAGGCCUGGCAGAAAACACUAAAAUACAAGAUAUUAAGGAAGAUCUUGAAGAAGAACACGAAAUAACUGCGCGAGAAAUCUACGCAAUGAAAACCAAAGAAAGUCCCCUCUUCCUGGUGGUCACAGACCCAGUCAUCACUCUGGGCAAAAUAAUGCCCAAUUGCGAUAUACUUUUUGAUCAACUGCAAAGUAGACAACUCGAUGCUCUCAAGGUUAAGAUAAACAUAUCAUAUUUUGCAGCAGCUAUUCAAUAUAUUAGAAAUAAUAUAGACACGCUAAUUCAUGAAGAAUAG